UGACCUCCAUCGGAAUCCUUGCUUUACACGUUUAUUGUUUUCAUUGAAUGUAUAAUUGGUGACUUUCGUUAGUUCGCCACAUUUCUCAAAUUUUAUCUAGUUUGAAUAGAUAAAUUUGAACAUUUUAUAUUCUCAACAGCGAUAUAGAAUGGAUACUGAUAAUCGAGCAGAGUUCAGGCGGUUCAAGAAAGUUGAGCACGAAAUUCGUAUUUUACAGACAGCGAUGGAGAACAUACGGAACAAUAUUGAUUUGGAUGAAAACAACGGCGAGCUAGCUAAGCUCCAAAUAGAAAAUGUUAAGCUCAAACAUAGACUGGAUAUUCUUAAAAGCGCAAUCGAAGCAGAAAGGAAGCAAACUUCAAAAGGUUCUAGUAAUUAUACUGGAACGAUUUCUAUUCUCGACCACCUCAAUGAGUUAUUCACUCAUGCUAUUGCCACUGCAUUUCCCCAAGUUAGCAAGGAUGUUCCCACAGUGAUAACCGUUUCAAGUUCGGCGAAGUUUGGAGACUAUCAAUGCAACAAUGCAAUGCAAAUUGUUCAAAAACUGAAAAUGCUUGAUGUCAAACUAAACCCACGAGAAGUAGCAACGAAAAUAAUGGAAGCCUUACCAAAGUCCCAUAUUAUUAGUAAAAGCGAGGUGGCCGGUGCGGGGUUUGUGAACGUUUUUCUAGACAAAUCAUUUGGAGCCUCAGCAAUAAUGGCAAUCCUUAAGAACGGUGUGCAACCGCCGACUUGCGAGAAGAAACGUGUCAUUGUGGAUUUCUCUUCGCCGAAUAUUGCCAAAGAAAUGCACGUGGGUCAUUUGCGUUCAACAAUCAUCGGCGAUUCAAUCAGUCGGUUUUUGGAAUAUCUAGGUCACGAUGUUCUUCGAUUGAAUCACGUCGGUGACUGGGGAACUCAGUUCGGCAUGUUGAUCGCCCAUCUGCAGGAACGCUUCCCUGAUUAUCAGAACGUUUCACCCCCUAUCGGUGAUUUGCAGGCGUUCUAUAAGGAAAGCAAAGCAAGGUUCGAUUCCGAUGAACCCUUUAAAAAACGUGCAUAUGCAUGUGUAGUUAAAUUACAAAGUGGCGAUAAUGAAUCAUUGAAGGCAUGGAAAUUGAUUUGCGAUGUUUCGAGGAAGGAAUUUCAAAAGGUGUAUGAUCGUUUGGACGUAAAGCUCAUUGAACGUGGCGAAUCGUUUUAUCAGGAAGGUAUGGAGGAGAUUGUAAAGGAACUAGCAGAUUCGGGUUUCCUGGAAGAAGAUGAUGGUAGGAAAAUUAUGUGGGGUGAAAAUAAAGAAGGAAUACCAUUGACUGUAAUAAAAUCCGAUGGUGGGUUUACCUACGAUACAUCGGAUAUGGCCGCCAUCAAACAACGGCUCCACGAGGAAAAGGCUGAUUGGGUAAUCUAUGUAACCGAUGCUGGGCAGGCCACACAUUUCCAGACCAUUUUCUCUUGUGCUCGCCGUGCUAAGAUUCUAAACCCUAGCUUACACCGAGUAGAUCAUGUUGGAUUCGGUGUUGUGCUGGGAGAAGAUGGUAAAAAAUUCAAAACUCGAUCCGGAGAUACCGUGAAAUUGACUGAGCUGCUGGAUGAAGGAUUGAAACGCUCAUUGGAUAAACUCGUGGAAAAGGAACGCGAUAAGGUUCUGUCCCAGGAAGAAAUGAAAUUAGCGCAGGAGUCUGUUGCAAACGGUUGCAUAAAAUACGCCGACUUAUCACAUAAUAGAAACAACGAAUACAUUUUUUCAUUUGAUAAAAUGCUUGAGGACAAAGGUAACACGGCUGUUUAUCUAUUAUACGCAUACACUAGGAUUCGUUCGAUAGCUCGUAAUUGUGGGGGAGAUUUUGCAAACAACAUAGAAAAAGUCAUCAAUAGCACAGAGCUAACAUUAGAGCAUGAAAAGGAAUGGAAACUAUGCAAAGUGUUGCUCAGAUUUACUGAUGUAAUGAAGCUGAUCACAAAGAACCUCUGUUUGCAUCAUCUCUGUGAGUUUGUAUACGAAGUCAGCACUACUUUCACCGAAUUUUAUGACAGUUGUUACUGUCUCGAAAAAAAUAAACAAGGUGAAAUAGUCAAAAUCAACGCUGGGCGAGUGCUACUUUGUGAAGCAACAUCCAGAAUCUUAGGGAAAUGCUUCGACAUUCUCGGAUUGAAGCCGCUACAAAAAAUCUAAGAUACAUCUAGAAUUCAAUAAUCAGAAUGUUAUUAUACACGUUCGAAACCGA